UUGCCGCCUCAGAGCUGCCCACCCUCCCAAGAUGGCGACUCCCGGAGAGACACUCCCAAGGGAACAGCCAUGUUCGGGGCCUGACAAAGUCACUAAAGAAAAUUUGAAAGCCCGCCUCUUCUCCGACACACCCAGACACGCGCCCGCACUGACACUUCGCGAGGGCACCGCGUGCGGCUGGGGGCGGACGGCCGCUGCCACGCCGGCACUGAGCAUGUGCAGUGUGAGGUCCAGGAACGCGAGCGUCCAGCAGAGGCAGUUUCCACACUUAGGGCUCCGGGACUGAGUUUAACGGAGGCGCCGAUUUAGGGCCAGCAAAGCAUUGACAUAAUUAUGGGGGUAUUAGGACAUGGCUUUCGUGCUCAGUGAUGGUACUCUGUGGGGUUUCUUGGAGUCUCUGCAGAGCCCCUGGGCCAGACCCCGUAGGGAAGGCUACAGGACUCAACAGCUCUGGUUGAGUCUACGGACCCGCCUGGCCUCGGGCUCCUGGAAAGAGUGGAGUUGUCCACAGGAGAGCCCAAGGGCUGAGGCCCAGUGGGAAGAUGCCAGCCAACCGGAGCUGUCCCCAGUGGCCCCCAGCGCUGGCUGCAGAGGGACAUGGCAGCGUGUGUGAGGUCUCCGUGUCCUUUGAGGACGUGACCGUGGACUUCAGCAGGGAGGAGUGGCAGCACUUGGACCCUGCUCAGAGGCGCCUGUACCGGGAUGUGACCCUGGAGAAUUACAGCCACCUGUGCUCAGUGGGGUACCAAGUUCCCAAACCAGAGGUCAUCUUCAAGUUGGAGCAAGGAGAGGGUCCAUGGACGUUGGAGGAGGAAACCCCACAUCAGAGCUGCUCAGAUGAGGAUAUGGGGCAAAGCCAACAACAGAGAACUUCUGGAGAAGCUUCAUUCCACUGUGAGAAAUUUGGUCAGUCCAUAGGAAGAGAUUCACUGUGUUCCAUUUUCGAAGAACUGUGGCAAGGUAAUGACCAGCUAGAGAGAUAUCAAGAAAACCAAAAGAACCCUUUGAGUCACAUGAAAGUAUUGAUUAAGGAGAGGGGCUAUGAAUGUAAAAACCUUGAAAAAAUAAUUCAUGUGGGGACCAGGCUUGUUCCUUCAAUUAAAAGGCUCCAUAACUCUGACACAUUUGGAAAGAGUUUGAAGCACACUUUAAACUUACAUAAUCAUAAUAAAAGCAAUGGAACAAAGAACUUUGAUAAGAGAUUUGCAAAUGGUAACAAUUUUGCCCCUAACUCUUCCUCUGCAAGGAAUGAGACUGCUAAUUCACGUGAACUUCAUCAGUGUGAAAAACAUCUUGGCCACAAACAAGUUCUCACCCACCAUCAGAAAAUUCGUACUGGAGAGAAACUUUACAUAUGUCCUGAAUACGUAAAGAGCUUCACCCAAAAGUCACAUCUUUUUGAUCAUGAGAGCAUUCGUGCUGGAGAAAAAUCCCAUGAAUGCAACAAAAGUGAGAACGUCUUCACUCAGAAGCCACACGUUGAGGUACCUCAAAGUGUUUAUACAAGAGAGAAACCUUUUAUAUGUACGCAAUGUGGGAAGGCCUUUACUCUCAGGUCAAACCUCAUUACACAUCAGAAAAUUCAUACCGGGCAGAAACCCUAUACGUGCAGUGAAUGUGGAAAAGCCUUUUUCCACAGAUCAUAUCUCUUUAGACAUAUGAGAAUUCAUACCGGAGAAAAACCUUAUGAAUGCAGUGAAUGUGGAAGAGGUUUCUCCCAGAAUUCAGACCUCAAUAUCCAUCAGAAAACUCAUACUGGAGAGAAACACUACGCAUGCAGUGAAUGCGGGAAAGCCUUCACAAGGAAAUCAGCCCUGAGGAUGCAUCAGAGAAUUCACACAGGAGAGAAACCCUAUGUCUGCACUGAAUGUGGGAAGGCCUUCAUCCAGAAAUCCCAUUUCAAUACACAUCAGAGAAUUCAUACUGGAGAAAAACCUUACGAAUGCAGUGACUGUGGCAAAUCAUUCAUUAAGAAAUCACAGCUCCACGUGCAUCAAAGGAUUCACACAGGAGAAAAACCUUAUAUAUGUACAGAAUGUGGAAAGGUCUUCACUCAUAGGACAAAUCUCACCACGCAUCAGAAAACUCAUACUGGAGAGAAACCCUAUAUGUGUGCUGAAUGUGGGAAGGCGUUCAGUGAUCAGUCAAAUCUCAUUAAACACCAGAAAACACAUACGGGAGAGAAACCCUAUAAAUGCAAUGGCUGUGGAAAAGCCUUCAUAUGGAAGUCACGCCUCAAAAUACAUCAGAAAUCUCAUAUUGGAGAGAGACACUAUGAAUGCAACGAAUGUGGGAAAGCCUUUAUCCAGAAAUCAACACUCAGUGUGCAUCAGAGAAUCCAUACAGGAGAGAAACCCUACGCCUGCCCCGAGUGUGGGAAGGCCUUCAUCCAGAAAUCACACUUCAUUGCACAUCACAGAAUUCAUACUGGAGAGAAGCCGUAUGAAUGCAGUGACUGUGGGAAAUGCUUCACUAAGAAAUCACAGCUCCGUGUGCAUCAGAAAAUUCACACAGGAGAGAAACCCAAUAUAUGUGCUGAAUGUGGAAAGGCCUUCACGGAUAGGUCAAAUCUCAUAACACACCAGAAGAUCCAUACUAGAGAGAAACCCUAUAAAUGCAGUGACUGUGGGAAAACUUUCACCUGGAAGUCACGCCUCACUAUCCAUCAGAAAUCUCAUACUGGAGAGAGACACUAUGAAUGCACUAAAUGUGGGAAAGCGUUCAUCCAGAAAGCAACGCUAAGUAUGCAUCAGAUAAUUCAUACGGGAAAGAAACCCUAUGCUUGUACAGAAUGCCAGAAGGCCUUCAAUGACAGAUCCAAUCUCAUUAAACACCAGAAAACUCACAGUGGAGAAAAACUCUAUAAAGCCAGCGACUGAAAAUGCCUUCAGCUGGAAAUCAUAACUGGAUAAGCAUCGGCUGUCUCGUAGUGGGGAAGAGGCGUGCCUGACGCUGCAGUCAUUGUGCAGGGGGGAAGUAGAUGUGACACUCUACAUGCAGCUUAAGGGAAGAAAAGGCAGACAAAGCCAAGUCUCCUUCAGCCAGUUGGAAAUACAAGUACCUGCAUCACCACUGUUGAUAUGCAACUGUACGCGUAGGGAGAUGCUUCGAUAAAGCAUUUGAGUGAUAGCCCUGUUUGGUUUCAUGAUUCACACAGGGACUCUCAGUCUCCUGCAAAUGGUAGAAAUGGAGACCCCCUAGGAGAUGACUUGUUAUCUCUUAUGUUUUGCUUUUUGGAUAAAGGACUUUAUAAAUUCAGCACUGAUUGGUUCUUCAUACCCUGGUAUGUAAAAGUACUCAAUAUUGGCCACAUUUUUUUGUUCAGAUUUCUAGGGUGGGGAGAAGAGUGUUCAUUGUCCAAACACCUCCAGGGCACUGAAUUCAAGGCAAAAACCUAUUUGGGAAUGGAAACCUGUGAGUAGAAGCCCGGAGGUAUUGUGAUCAUUGACAUUUAAGACACAGAAAAGGUGGCAAUUGUUCCCUCAUUAAUUCCAUACUGUGGCAGCAGGUGACUCCCACUUGAAAGCAGGAGGCAUACCUUCUAACCUAUGCCUCCAGCCGUAGACUUCUGGUCCCCUUAGUAACUGACCCUAAGACAAUGAAACUGAGCCAAGUGCUCUGGACUUCCAGUCUCCUCCACUGAAGCUUCUGCUUUCUUUGGGAUUCGUCUUUGUAAAAGAAUAGUGAAGAAAUUGGGUUUCAAUGCAUCAAGUUUUGAUUGUUUUUCUUCCAAUUUAGUUAACUUGAUAUGUUCAUUUUCUACAUGCACAUUAAGAGUAAUUUUGUAUAGAUUUCUAUGGGAUAAAGCCAUGUUGGAUAAUAGUUGGUGAGCCUAAGAUAUAACUGUACUUUAUUGUAGUUGAAUAACUGGGUGACUUCUCUAGAAAGAGCAUUGCUUUUUUUUUUAAGCACAGGUAUAUAGACCCUUUCUCAUUUUCCCUUAAAUAUUUUUUUACAAUAUUCAUAAGAAAAGGGGCUUUCUAGCAUGUAAUUUUAUUUUGUUUUUAAACCCUUCUUAUCAAAGUAUAAUGCAUACAGAAAAUGUAUACAUCAUAAGCAUACAGCUCAUUGAAUUCUCUCAAAAUGAACAUACUCAGAUCAAGAAACAGAACAUGACCAGCACCCCAGAAAAACUCCCUGUGCUCCCUGUCCAGGCCUUACUGUCCACCUCCCCCAGAGGUAAACACUACUCUGACUUAAAUAGUUUUGUCUGCUUGGUAUUUUAUAUAAAUUGAGUCGAACAAUUAUAUUUCAUAUUUUAGUAAUAUACUCUUUAAUGUCUAUCUUCUUUCAUUCACAUUAUAAAUGUGAGAUUCAUCCAUGUUAUUGAAUGUAGUUAUAGCUAAUUUAUUGUUAUUGUCACGUUAUAUUCCAUUCUGUGAAUAUUCUAUGAUACGUUUAUCCAUUCUGUUGUCGAUGGACGUUUGUGUUGUUUGUAGCUUGGAGCUAUUAGGAAUAGUGCUGCUAUAAAUACUUUAGUACCUAUCUAUUGGUGAACAUAUUUAUGAACUUCUGUUAGGUAUAUAUCUAGGAUUUGGACUGCCAGGUCAUAUGGUAUCCAUAUGCUCAGCUUUAGUUUAUAAAACCAGUUUUCCCAAGUAGCUGCACCAGUGUACACUCCCACCCGCACAGUAUACGAGUCUAGUUGAUCCACAUCUUUGCCAAUACUUGGUAUUUUCCAUCUUUUUUACUGUAGCCAUUGUGGUGGGUGUACAGUGAUAUCUCAAUGUAGUGGGGUUUUUUUUAUUGAAGUACCGUCAGUUACAAUGUGUCAAUUUCUGGUGUGCAGCACAAUGUCCCAGUCAUGCAUAUUCAUACAUAUAUUCAUUUUCAUAUUUUUUUCAUUAAAGAUUAUUCUCAGUGUGGUUUUAAUUUUAUUUCCUUGUCCUCCAAUUCCACCAUUGAUCUUCCCAAGACAGUUGACUGAUAUCUCAGAUCUGAACCCCAGGCAUGGCCCUCACAUGACUGCACCAUUUUACAUCCCACCAACAACAGUAAGCAAUUCAUGACUCUAAAUCUUCCCACACAAAAAAAAAGCCCAAAGCUUCAUGGUUUAACCGGUUAAUUGCAUUGAACA